AGCUGGAAGCAUUACGAUGGCGUUCAGCGACAACUACUGCUACGGGACUGCCGUAGAUAGCCCAGCAUCAUUCGAGUCGAUGAGGACAAAGGAUGAAAUUGGAAAAAUAGUAUUUACUGUUUCCAAGGAGAAGUCCACCGUGACCAUACAGAAGCACUUGGUCCGCGUGUUCAAAAGAGAACUGGGGAAUUUCAUGGAUCACUUACAUUUACAAUAUCCGGAUACGAAACAUCUUAAUUUCACUCAUGUGUUUUUUACCCCUGGCAAGGAGUGGAUAGGGAUAAACGUAAGUGGCUUAGAAAAAUCAAAAGAGGAGUUUCAGAAAAAACAUGAUUCACCGAAUUCCGUCACGAAGUGUUUGAACACAUACUUUAGGGAUCGCCGAAUAAGAGAACAAUGUGGUUUAGAAAAGGACUCAGGAUUAGACUUCACAUUCUAUAUCUUAAACAAACAGAUUUCUCCGACACCACGGUAAGCAUUGUAUGCUAACAUCCGUAAUAACAAUGCGAAAUAUUUACAUUAAU